GAUAUUCCACACGGUGGCUGUUAAAACAACAGCGUGUUCGCGCUGGAGCAUGUUUGAAGGGUUAGGCGUGGGAGUUGAUUGUCACUGCCGCACCCAAGCCAUUAAAGGGUCAUCGUGGGAAUUGCGUCACACUCGCCCAGUAUGCCCUACUGCGACGGAAGUAACGAGAAUGGCGGGCUCAACGUCGUCUCCGUACUCUUCGGCUGCGUCCUCACGUUGUGGGACUCCAGAGGGACACCACACUGCUGUCAUCUCUUUCAUCAGCAGCGCUGUGACGCCGAAGAGGCCUUACGUGGAACAGAAGCGACUUCUUGCCCAAGCACUCCUCGCACACCCUCACUUUGCUAGGAAUGGAGAACUCUUGCAGACAAUGGAAAAAGGAGUUAUCUAUCCAACUGCGCAUCUUGUGGAGCACUCGACCCACAAGUUACAGCGGCACGAACGAGUUCUUCAAGCUGACUUCCUCGGUGAAGACUACGUGCUUCACCAAGGGAUCUACGAAGAAAUCAAGCAGCACUUUCCGAACGGCACUACACAUUCUCACAGCUUUUACACGCCUCCAGUGCUUGACAGCACGGUGUACAUAAUGGCGGGGUUCAAAGUCAUAGACACCACGUUCCAGGACGUCAUGGAAGACAGUUGGAAAGACUGGACUGGCGCUAGGAGCUUGUACAUUAACCUUGCCGACGACUUCGGACUCCACAGGUUCUCUCUUUACCGUCGCAUGCGCCCCGCAAAUGACUUCACCACUUUCAAGUACAUUCUCCUCGUUGAGUGCCGUACCGUGACACCGAGGAACUCUCUCAGGCUGUUGGAUUUUGUGUCACGGUUCCGUGUGCAACGUAUGACGGGCUAUCUUUCGGUGUACAACGCGCAGAAGUUGGGGAUCACCGGAUCCUCGUCGUACGACAGCUCUGGAGACCUGCUACUGCAAAACAGUAAUCAUCCUUCUAACGGCGACUGGUGGAAACAGGUGGAAGACAGCGCGGCGGCUUCCUCUGAAGUCUCCGAGAGCAGCAGCAAUGAGGACAUGAACUUCCAAGAGCGGGAGACGUCGAACGAAGACGAAGACGAAGACGACGACGACGACGUAGUCUUUGCCGCUCCAGUGACGCCGACUAGCACUCCUUCGCCUACUACGUUGGACGAACACUACGUUCAGAGGCGAAAGAAUGGUUAUUCCAUGAUGCCUAUCUACGAAAACCAUGUCGAAGACGAAGUGGAUUACGCCAUACUUCCAAACACCUACUCGCUGAGACACACCAGAAGAAAGCGCGCCGAAAAUAACGGUGGUUACACGCCACCUCUCGCAAAUUCGACGUUGAGAUAUCAAGAAAGUCCCACCUUAAAUUCGAGUAGGAUUCCUUUCACUAACGGUCAUUCUCCGGAGCUGGUCAUCGAAGACCUCCCAGACACGCAACAAUGGUCCACCACGCAGAACAAAGGGAGAACGUCAGCUCCCAACUGUUAUACCCUGGAUGAAGCUAUAGCACUCGCGUCGUUGCGACCCAAUGGCUCAACUACAACCGACGAAAAUUCGGCUACAAGCCUGUUAAACGGACACUUGGAUGCCAAAGCGAAAGAGCUUCUGGAACUAGACGAAAUGCUUCAGAACUUGCAGUGCGCGAUGGGACCAGUAUUAAGUGUUGGUACGAACAAGCCUACGUGAGUGCUACGACGACUUCACAAAGUACCAAUGGCCAAAUACAGACGCUUACUGUGCCUUGUUUUUGUGUGGUCACAUCACAAACUAAAAAGUGUUUACAAGACUAUUUUGAGACCUGCGCCACCUUGCAUAAAAGUUAAGUACCAUUCUCAAUAGCCUUGUCAGUGUUUCCUCCACGCGCAGCAAGCGCGUGCUCAAUGCACUGCCAAGGCUAUUAAGAGGGCCACUUGAAGCGCACUAAGGCGCGAUCGAUCCCUGAGGGCGGAGCAAGAACACGGUGGAGAGACUCAUCCUCAACUCUUAUGCAAACUGCCCUCAUAGCGCAUUGUGUUGUGUUGUGUGUUCCCGAUGGCAGUGUAAUUGUAACUGGUAGUUAGUUUAUAGGUCCCGCACAGGCCAGUAGAGUUUUAGCUGAGCGCGUUUACGUAUUGCUCGCGGGAGCGCGGCUGUGCACGUGCACAACGCUCAGCCAGGAAGGGGGGGCUUCUAUGCGCUUCCCCUCCGCUGGCUCUCCUGCUAGAGAAAUCCAAGCACGUUCCGCUAUAACUGUUUGCAGUGUCGUUCAUAUUAUUGUACAGAUUCGCGAUGUUAUAAUCAUGUUCGAUGCAAAAGGACCAAUGUUUCCUUUCAUCCUGAUAUUGUCACGUCAUCAUGACAGUGCAUUUGAGUACCUGUAUGUGCAUAACGAGAUCUUAAACAUAUUUUCUAAUAUAGUAA